AUGUCCACCCUCAAUUUCAGUGUAGAGAGACCUUUUGGCAUCUAUCUAUUCGACUAUUUCGAUCAAUUGUACACAGCGAUCGUUGGCCAAUCUGCCAAAGACUUUCACUUUGUGCAAGGUGUCACUCCUCUCUCCACGCUACAUGAAGUGGUCAUUGGUUGCAUUACCUACUUUACUGUCAUCUUUGGCGGCCAAUGCCUUCUCUCCAACGCGUCGCCUGUCAAGUGCAAAAUGCUCAACCAAGUCCAUAAUGCAUUUUUGACCGUUGUAUCCUUUGUCCUUUUGGUGCUAUUGAUUGAGCAGCUUGUUCCCCAAUUGGUCAACCGAGGUUUGUACUAUACCAUCUGUUCUGAGGAGGCUUGGACACAAGAGCUGGAGUUGCUGUAUUAUUUGAACUAUUUGGUCAAAUACUAUGAAUUGAUUGAUACUGUGUUUUUGGUCAUCAAAAAGAAGAAGCUUGAUUUCCUUCAUUACUUCCAUCAUAGCAUGACAAUGGCUUUGUGCUACACGCAAUUGGUCGGUAGAACCACUGUGUCAUGGGUGCCUAUUGUUCUUAAUUUAACAGUGCACGUGCUCAUGUAUUACUAUUACUAUCGUACUGCCUCUGGAGUAAAGAUCUGGUGGAAGCAAUACUUGACGACCAUGCAAAUUAUCCAAUUUGUCAUUGAUCUGGUUGUGAUUUACACUUGUACCUAUUCUUACUAUGCCUAUACAUAUACCUCCUUUAUGCUCAACUUUGGUGAUUGUGCAGGCACCGAGUCUGCUGCUGCAUUUGGAUGCGCCAUCUUGACGUCUUACUUGUUCUUGUUUAUCAAUUUCUACAGAAUCACAUACAACAAAAAGAAGGCUGCUGCUGCCGCUGCCAAGAAUGCUGUGAAUGGAAAGAAGGAGCCCAUCAAGAGCAGAAAAAUCUAA